UUAUUUCCAUGACCUGAAAUCAACCCUAUCAGCUCAAACUGUCAAUGAGCAGUUGGCUUCUUCCUAAGUACAGACCAGAACUAGCCCUGUGGAAAACAAGCUGUUCCUGGGAAGCCCCAGCAACACAAUGCAGCUGCCUGUAUCCGUGACACCCACUGAGGAAACAAAUUCCACUACUGGCAGUGCAUCCCAAAGGAUGCUUCAGAGCCAGAGCUUCCACUGACCGCUUUGAACCCCAUAGCACACCACCAGAAUGAACUGUGCUGGCAAGCAAUGCUCCCAGUAUUUCCAGUUCCGCAAACUGGGCUAUAGUAAUGAUAGCUUCUGGAAUCUUAAUUAUGUGCUGGAAGAAGGACAAUCCCUCUCUCCAGAAGGAUUUCUGAAUGAAGGAACAACUCUCUUAACCAGAAACCAUGCUCUGUCACACAGGCUGCGGGGUGAGGGGGUCCAGGAAGGUGUUGCCAAUCCCAUCUGCAAACAACCUGGCUCCAGAGCUGCAAAUUAGUUCCUCUCUACCCUCAGCUCUCCCAAACAGUUAACUUCUGGCUGUGAGACCAUCCUAUCUCCCUGCCCGCUCAACAAUAGAUCCUGCUAAACAAAUGCCUCUUAAUUGACUUUGACUUUGAGCUUUUACAAAAAAACAAAAGAGAGGAAAACAUCGGGCCUUAUGAAAUAAUGACUAAUCCUGGAGCCAGAGAAAGGGGAAGGGUUAGAGCAUUGGUGUCAAACAGAGAUUCAAUCUUGGCUGAAAGAGCUCCAAGACACAUGGGCCAAAUCAUUCAUCCCUCCCCAAGUGCCCUCAUUUCCACACCUGCUGAUCUAAGCCAAACCCCUGCUAAAAUCCAAACAAUCAGGGCCGCUGGCAAAUGAAAACUGGAGCAUUGUCUUCCCCAUGAGGGCUCUGAAAGGGCCGCACUUAAUGAGGAUAGAUUGACAGAGAGGUGGCUCCUAGGCUAUAAAAGGCAUCCCACAGUCGGAGGCAGCUCAGUCUGGGGUGUGCUGCCUGUCUUCCUGCUCCAAGAAUGAUCACAGCCCACCACAGGCACCCCUUGAGGCUGGGUGGCCCAUGGCUGCUGGGCGUCCUGGUGUACCUGCUGCUCUGGGGGUCUCCAGGGGCCUGGGCGAGCUAUCUGAGGAGAUCCUCCAGCUGCACACCCAUCCCACCCCGCAUGGCCUUGUGCUACAACAUCGGCUACUCCGAGAUGAGGAUUCCCAACCUGCUGGAGCACGAGACCAUGCCAGAAGUGAUCCAGCAGUCCUCCAGCUGGCUGCCCUUGCUGGCCAGGGAGUGCCACCCAGACGCUAGGAUCUUCCUCUGCUCCCUCUUUGCACCAAUCUGUUUGGACAGGGUCAUCUACCCCUGCCGCAGCCUGUGCGAAGCCGUCAAGAGAAGCUGCGCUCCUGUCAUGGCUUGUUAUGGGUAUCCCUGGCCCGAAAUCCUCAACUGCAACAAGUUUCCUGCUGAUCACGAGCUGUGCAUCGCAGCAGUGUCCAUGGAUGAAAACUCCACCAGUAGGAGAAUACCCCGAGCCAGCUGCAAGGACUGUGAGCUUGAGGAAGCCAGCACUGCCAGGGAGAUCCUGGAAAACCUCUGUGCCAAUGAUUUUGCAGUGAAAAUACGAAUCCUGAGGAAGAACACCACAACUACCAUCUCAGACUUCGACCUGGACACCUCCAGGGUGGAGGUCCUGAAACAUGGUCCCCUCCUCAGAACUGAAGUCCCCGGCAGGCUCCAGCAGUGGCUGGACAUAGACGCAACCUGUGUCCACAACAUCAUGAGAGGCACGCACACAGGGGUCUUCGUUGUAAGCGGUGAAGUGCAGAGUGACAAAGUGGUGGUGAACAAGGCCUACGCCUGGCAGAAGAAGAACAGGAACCUGCACCAGGCAGUGCGGAGGUGGAAAUAUCACCGCUGCCCCGACCAGGCUGGCCGGAAGGUCUGAAAGGUCUGAAUUCCAGCAAUAAGAAACUGCUCCCUUCCCUAUGGCUAGAAA